GGUGAUCAGGAAGUUAUAUCCGGUUGUAUCUGUGACUGGUGGUUUUGUGGAUACUUUUAGUAGUGUGAAUCAUACUGUCUGCUCUACAUCAGGCUCCGUAUCUACUUUCUAUUCCAUUUUACCCACCAGGCAAAUCACAAAGAUCUGCUUUAUGGAUAAGACUCCUCAAGUUUUGCGUUUUUUUCUUUUGGGGAAUGACAUCACCUCCAAGUUUCUCUUGGCUGUAUUCUACCAUGAACUCCAGGGACCCCAUGUUUUCAUAAGGGAAAGUUUCAUUUCACCUACUCUGGUUCAGUCAGCUUCUUCACUGCUGGAUGAGUCUACUGGUGCCAACCACUUCAACGUCAUGGAUAACCUCUUGUAUGUUGUCCUACAAGGAAAGGAGCCUAUUGAAAUACGCUCAGGUGUUUCCAUUCAUUUGGCUUUCACUGUGAUGUUUUCAGUCGUGGAAAAAGGCUGGGAAACAGUGAUCCUUCAAAGACUAACUGACUUCCUACAGAUUGGCCAAGACCAAAUCAGAAUUAUUCAUGAGAUGCCUGGCAAUGAAGAGACCAUAAGGGCCAUUGCUGACAGUGGGGCGAAAAGAAAACGCAAUUGCCCAACUGUGGCUUGUGCCAGUCAUUAUAGAAGAGUUGGUCAACGUAGACCUCUCAUGAUAGAGAUGAGCUCAUAUAGGGUCAAACCACUAACCACUGUGGAGACAAUUUCAAAAGUGAUGGUCAUUGAAAUUGGUGACUUACCAAUAGCAAGGAACAUGGGGCUGAUUCCAUCCCUAUCAAGUAACAAACUACAGAAUUUGGCUCACCAGGUUAUUACUGCUCAACAGACUGGAGUGCUAGAAAACGUCCUGAAUGUGACUAUUGGGACCUUAAUGGUGACUCAGUCAAAAGGAGUCAUUGGCUAUGGAAAUACAAGCAGUGUCAAACCUGGGAACUUGAUAUAUAUUCGGCCCCAUACUCUUUCAGUCCUAGUCCAGCCUUCAGAUGGAGAAGUGGGAAAAGAGCUUCCCAUACAACCACAGCUUGUUUUUCUGGAUGAGCAGGGAUAUGAUGAACCCUGGAGGUGUACGCAGGCAGAAACUCAAGAUGGUUAUGUGAGCUUCUCCAAUUUGGCUGUCUUGAUCUCUGGGUCAAACUGGCACUUUAUUUUUACUGUCACUUCCCCUCCAGGAGUCAAUUUUACAGCUCGAUCCCGAUCAUUUGCUGUCCUGCCUGGGACUUGGUCUGAGAGGUUGGCCAUCCUCCUGGCUGCUUCCCUGUGCUCAGCGGUCUCAUGGCUGGCUCUGUGCUGUCUGGUGUGCUGUUGGUUUAAGAAAAGCAGAAGCAGAAAAACAAAACUUGAAGAAAUUUCUGAAUCCCAGACUAAUGAUCAAAAGAAUCAUAUUCACAUCUCAUCCAAACGCCAAAGAUCACAAGUAGAGACUGAACAAGAAGGCUCUGUGAUGGGAGAAGAUAUGAGGAUGAAGGUCAUGCUGGGCAAGCUGAACCAGCUCCCCCACCAGUCACUGAAUGGAGUGUCCAGAAGGAAGGUUAGCCACCGUGCUGCCCGGGAAGAGGAUGGCAGCCGAGAGGAGGCCGCUGUCAACAUUUGA